AUGGCAGAACAUUCAAGAGACACUAAAUCAUACGUCAGUGCUGAGGAUGCACGAUCAUUCGUGACCGCAGUUCUGGUUGGCAACGGAGUUGCCCCCGAAAAUGCCAACAUUGUCGCCAAAUGUCUCAUCGCAGCCGACCUCCGUGGCGUUGACACCCAUGGCAUGAACAGAAUCCCUUCAUACAUGGAGCGCGUGCGCCAAGGCGUCUUGAACAGCGCCGCAACACCGACUGUCACUCAAGUAACGCCAGUCGUCACCCAGGUGGACGCAAACAAUGGCUUCGGAUUCCUCGCCGCCGACGCCGGCAUGGCUGCGUGUAUCGAAUCUGCGAAGACGUACGGUAUCGGCAUGGCUAGUAUCAAGCAUUCCAAUCACUUUGGUAUGAGUGCUUGGGUAGUGCAGAAGGCGCUCGAUGCCAAUAUGAUGAGUUUAGUGUUCACGAACUCAAGUCCGGCUUUGCCGGCUUGGGGUGGAAAGAGUAAGCUGCUGGGUGUCUCGCCAAUCGCCUGUGGCGCGCCUGGCAAAGAUCAGCCGUUCGUAUUGGACAUGGCACCAUCGAUUGCUGCAAGAGGAAAGAUAUACAAAGCAAAGAGGAGGGGAGAGAAGAUACCUCUAGAUUGGGCAUUGGAUAAAGAUGGAAAGCCAACCGAUGACCCAGAAGCAGCACUCGAUGGUGGCGUGAUGCUUCCCAUGGGUGGUCCCAAAGGUUCUGGCUUAGCUGUUAUGAUGGACGUCUUCUCUGGUGUGCUCUCCGGAUCAGCGUUUGCAGGCGAUGUAACCAAUCCGUACGAUCCGUCCAGACCAUCAGACGUCGGUCACUUCCUCGUCGCCGUGAAACCAGACCUUUUCAUGAGCUUGGAGGACUUCAGAGAAAGGAUGCAGAUCUUGUACGAUAGGGUCACAGGUGCUGAGAAGGCAGCCGGGGUGGAAAGAAUUUAUUUCCCAGGCGAGCUUGAACAGUUACAACAGCAGGAAAGAGAGAAGAGUGGUAUUCCGUUGGUUCAAGCGGAAGUUGAUGCGCUGAAUGCGGAAGCGGAAAAGGUCGGCGCAAAACCAUUAGUUUUGAAGCAAGCUUAA